UUCUAAUAGCAACAGGAGGCUUCCAAACAACCCGCCUUCCCCUCACUUUUAUUUGUGGUCCAGCCACCCUGGACGAUCCUGGGUUCGGCCUUUCCUGCUUCCGGAAGCUGGUGACUCCAGCCCGCUGCCAUGGCAGAGUUGGGCCUAAACGACCACCAUCAAAAUGAAGUUAUUAAUUAUAUGCGUUUUGCCCGUUCAAAAAGAGGCUUAAGACUCAAAACAGUAGAUUCUUGCUUCCAAGACCUCAAGGAAAGCAGGCUGGUGGAGGAGACCUUCACCGUGGACGAGGUCUCUGAGGUCCUGAGUGGCUUGCAGGCUGUGGUUCACAGCGAAGUGGAGUCUGAGCUCAUCAACACUGCCUACACCAACGUGUUACUUCUGCGGCAGCUCUUCUCACAAGCCGAGAAGUGGUACCUUAAGCUACAGACAGACAUCUCUGAACUUGAAAACAGAGAAUUACUAGAACAAGUGGCAGAAUUUGAAAAGGCAGAAUUUACAUCUUCAAACAAAAAGCCUCUCUUAGAUGCCGUAAAGCCAAAACUUGCUCCACUUAACGAAGGCGGAACAGCAGAACUCCUAAACAAGGAAAUUUUAAGGCUUCAAGAAGAAAAUGAGAAAUUGAAGUCAAGGCUGAAGACCAUUGAAAUACAGGUUACAAACACAUUGGAUGAGAAGUCAAAGCUAGAGAGAGCACUGCGAGAUUUACAGCUUGAUCAAGGAGCUGAAAAGGACUUUAUAAAGGCCCAAGACUUGAGUGAGUUGGAAAACACAGUCGCUGCUUUGAAGAGUGAGUUUGAGAGGACCCUCACUGACAAGACAGAAAACCAGAAGUCCCUGGAGGAGAAUCUAGCGACAGCCAAGCACGACCUACUCCGGGUGCAGGAGCAGCUGAGCUUGGCUGAAAAGGAAUUGGAAAAGAAAUUCCAACAAACAGCCGCUUAUCGAAACAUGAAAGAGAUUCUUACCAAGAAAAAUGACCAGAUCAAGGAGCUAAGGAAAAAACUGGCCAAAUAUGAACCUGAAGAUUAAAAACUGAUGAAGGUUUCAUCUGGAAGCUGCCACAACGUGAGCGGAUAAGUGUUUUUCACCUCAGGCUUUUACUUUGAAGCAUUUUGUUAUAUUCCCUGCCUUUAUUUUUCUAAUAUUUAGACUUUGGUGUUACUUCACCCCCACCAAAGAAUUCCUGUUUUCAGUUGCCUAACUGAGAAGAGAGAAGACCCCCUGAUUCUGGCCGCCCAUUGCCACACCUGUCUGCUGAGGGCUCCAGAGUCAUUGUUCAAAUGCAGCGACAGUUCUUUACAGUAAAGAAGAGAUUUUUGUAGUGAGAAGAGUCUUGACCGUUUGCGUUAGUAUGAAGCAUAUGCCUUUUUAAUAAAUGUUAAAGAAGCUAACAAUACCUAUAUUUGUGCAUCCCCCAAGGUAAAAUUAGAGUUGUUAAAGGUAGUUAUUACAAAUAAACAUUAUAUUUUAAAACGAAAUCUAAAUCAUUUUUUUAUUUGAUAUCUGAUCAUCAAAAAAAUGUGUGAAUUCACUGAGAAAGUGAAUACCGUCUACAUAGGCAGCACUCUUACCAGUCAUAGGGAAACUUAACAGCAGUGAGCAUGAGGGUUUGAUUACCUUCCGUCUCUCUAUCUAAAUGCUAUGUCUAUACAAGAAGGUUUGGACA